GCUACAGUGCACAUGCAUGCAUAUGCUACAGAAAUGUAGCGUCAGCUCUUGCGUCACGUGCACGCGUUGUUAUUAUUAAGGACGCGUUGUUGUUGUGUGUGCGUUUUUUUCCCCCCUUCUUCCUCGGCGCGUCUCUCGCCGGGAUGGAAAAAAGUCCACUUCGGUUUUUGCGUGAAGCUCCAAAAAUCUAUGAAAUGUGUUUGCAUGUUGCUCUCGGCGGAGCGGGGACGUGGAGGAGGUGGGAGGGUAGCGCGAGGCGACGACGGCUUGGAGGAGCCCACGCGCUCGCGUCCGUUCCGACCAAAUCCUAGCACCGUUUCCGUUUUCUCCCCCGACGGCUCUCCUUAAUACAGUAAACAAAGUGUGUGUGUGUGCGCGCGCGCGUGUGUGUGGAUCUUUUUUUUUUUUACUUUUAUUUUAUGUUUUUUUUUUUGUUGUUUUUAGAAAGCAAGCUCGGACAUUCAUUUCAGGUCUGAAAGUCGGAAAGCCUCUUAAAAUGUGUGCGAGCACGGCGUACUGUCAGCUGUAGGAGAGCACCCUGAGGACAGCUCUUCACCUCUGCUAGCGUCAAUCUUACCCGUGCACCAACCAGUGAGAACAUUGCUGCCCUUUGCCUUCACCCUUCACUCCUCCUCCCCUCCACCUCCUCCUCCUCUUCCUCCUCCUCUUCCCUCUCCCUCCCCCUCGAGCUGUGGGCCAUGUCUGCCAGUGGGGGGUUGAUGGAGGGAAACCAAGCUAGAGAGGACGAGGAUGCUCGGGACAGCUGCUGCGCUGAUGAAGAAUCGUCGCCCGUGGUGGAGAGGAGGAACCGGAGCGGGAUCAUCAGCACACCGCUCAGCAAGAGCCUCAAACACUCCCGAGCGCUCUCUCAAUACAUCGCCACGUGCUCAGCAGCAGCUGCAGUUGCUAAUGCUAAUGCUAACAGACUUGCCCAGAGCUCCUUAGUAUCCACAGGGAUUAAGUCUCACUCGGUAGACGCCCAGCACAGAGGCCAGGUGGGACUUACCAAACUGGACCGGGGCGCACUGGUUUCUAGCCUUCUGGACUCUCCGAGCGGUUUGCAUCUGGCCCAGGCAGCGGAACUCUUACGACGAACUAGCAUGCUACUUCCUGUCUCUGACUCCUCUAGCCUCGGCGUGGGCGGGGACAUCGAGGCAGUCUCAGCCUCUGAUUCGCUGGGGAGUGUGACAGACUUUCCGUUGUUGAGCAAUGGUGGUGGAGUCGGCGGCGCUUUCCCGUUCCACCCGGGCCUCUUCAUCAUGACGCCGGCGGGAGUGUUCCUGGCCGACGGGGCACUGUCGCAGGUGACGGGUGCUUCUGAGCAGCAGCAAGCGCACAGCGAGAUGGCAGCCGCUGCGAGCGCCAAUGCCAAGAAGAAGCGCAAACGCUGCGGGCUGUGCCCGCCCUGCAGGCGCAGGAUCAACUGCGAGCAGUGCAGCAGCUGCCGUAAUCGCAAGACCGGCCACCAGAUCUGCAAGUUCAGGAAGUGUGAGGAGCUCAAGAAGAAACCAGCUGGAGGUCUAGAGAAGGUGAUGCUGCCCACCGGAGCUCCUUUCCGCUGGUUCCAGUAGGACGACGGCCAACCGGACCCUGGCGAGCUCAAAUUAACAAACUGCCAAUCACGCGCAACGCCAACGCCCACUCGGACUGCUGCUGGCUCAUAAACACUGGCCACAAAUAACAAAACGAAUAAACAAACAGCCUCUACAAACCAAGAGAGGUAAAAAAAAAAAAAAAAGAAAGAGAGAGAGAAGGCACUAAACGAGGACGAAGCUAGCUCUUCUGAACCAAAAAUAGACUGCCAUGGCAGCAUGUUACCGCUUUGUUUAUUUUUUUUGUUUGUUUGUUUGUUUGUUUGUUUGUUGUUCUCUAUGUUCCAAUCGGGAACCGUUCGACUUCUUAUUGUGGAGUCGUGUCCUUUGUUGGACACUUUGGGAACUCUGGACUGCCAAACAGAAGAUGUACAAUCAUUUUAUUUUCUGUGUUUUUUGUGUUUUGUCUGUGUGUGGAGGAAUGCUGUAUUUGCGUUAGAGAAUGUAAACUCGAGACUCUGUAUUAAAGCUAGUUAUUAAUCCAGAGCACUAUUGUACAGUUAGCACCGACCUUCUUACUGACUGCUUCAGUAUAUUUGGAUUUGGCUUUUUUAUGAUUUUUUUUUUUUUGGGG